CCCUCCCAGCCCCCCACAACUCAUCAACUUCCAACCGAGCGAGCAGCAAGCGUCCUCUCACCGUAUCGCAUUUAUCUGAAGCUGUCAGCUUGGAUAAGAAUGUUCCUCACUCAGGCUCGCCGGGCCUGUCCUGUCCUGCGUCAAGCAAGGUCAUUCACAAGCACAACUCCUGCCGCUUUCCUCCGUCCCGAUUACCAGAAGGUCAUCGUACACGGUCGCGUCGGUGAUGAUGCGAGGAGAGUGGAGUUCAAAGACGGGACGGGUAGGUGGAACUUUCCUGUUGUGACCAGGGAGGGCAAGAAGAAUCCGGAGACGGGGGAAUGGAAGAACGUCCUCCUGUGGCACCAGGUCCAGCUCGAGGGAGAGCUGCCUCAAGACUUUGAGAAGGGGGCAUAUGUUAUUGUCGAGGGAAAGCUGAGUUAUUACAAGGCAAAAGGGGAAGGCCCCAAUAUCGCAAAGAUCAAGGUGGCACAACGUGGCAUCAACGUUACAAGAAGAGCGGAUGAGGACCUCCGCGCCAGUCACCACGAACAGGGUGCUGAAGGAGAGCAACAUCGAUCAGAGCAUCAGGAAGAUGGCGAGAGAAGCCAGGCGUAUGGUAGAUAGUUGGCUUGAUGAGCCGUUCAACGCAUAGCGCGUCCGAAGUGCCUUUCUGAGCCGAUAGUAUUGCGGGAAGAGUUUUUUGCGUAGGAGUCGUUUAUUGAGGCCGAAGGCCAUUGUACAUAGUAGGUAGUGAAUGAAAAUGAUAUCUUCCCAGCCAAGCGUA